AUGAUUAUUUCGGCUGGAAGAGCGUUCGUACCGAGAUUUCGAUUAAGGUCUCAACAGUUUCAAGGUUUUGUGGAUGUACCAAUUGGGCAAAGAACGUAUGGAAUUACUGGCUUUUCACGUAUUGGAACCAACCCAAAAGUGGCAAGGACUCGCUCAACGUUUCAAAUUACCAGCCCUCGAUCCUUUACCACUAGUAGUGACGAGAUGCCACUGCAUUUUGAUACACAUCAUGUUGUGAAAAGUUUACAGGAUAAAGGUUUUACCGUUGAUCAGUCAGAAGCUGUUCUGUAUGUAAUGAAAGAUGCUAUGGCAGACUCGUUACAAGCUCAAUCACGAAUUUUGGCUACAAAGUCCGAGCAUGUGGAACUUAAAGCAGAACUGUCUGAACGAGUUUUCAACUCGACUCUCAAGUUUGGUGCGUUCCUAACUUUUCCUGAUGAUUGUCUUGAUAUUGCACAACGUCACUCACGAGAAUUGCUGGAGCGUGAUUUCAAUACGCUGAAGCAGGAUAUUCGAGUGCUGGAAAAGAUCGACUUUGACAAAAUUCGCAUGGAAAUUGCAGAGCUUGAGAAAAAGUUUUUGCUACAGAAGCAAGCUGAGGAUGAGACGUUGAAUGAACUGCGACUGUCGAUGGAAAAGGUGGAAAAGCGAAUGCUCCAGUAUGCGGUGGGUUUUGCAGGUACCAUCAUGGCCGUGGGUGCUGCCCUCACGCGUUUAGUCCUAUGA